UCUGAUCAGAAACAACAAGAUACAGUAACAGGGUUAAAGAGAUCAGAGAUUGGAGAGAGUGAGAGCAUUUCCAUUGCUUAGGGGAAAGCAAUCAUGGCGUUGCAGCAAGAGCAGGAAGCCAAGUGGGGAGGCAAAGUGAGCGCCCUGGUGGGAGGGGUGAUGGCAGACCAGGUGUGGCCUCUGCUGGCGGAGUUCGGCCGCAUGGACCGGUGGAUGCCCACCGUCGCCACCUGCCAGCUCAUAGGCGUGGCCGGGACUCCCGGCUGCCUCCGCUACUGCGCGAGCGCCGGCGGCGACCGAUGGGCGAAGGAAGUGCUCAAGAGCAUCGACCAUGCCCGCCGGAAGAUGUGCUACGAGAUGACGGAGAGCAGCAUGGGAUGGCGAUACUAUGAGGCUUCCGUGGAGGUCGUCGACAGCGCCGAGGAGGGCGGCUGCCGGAUCGAGUGGACGUUCAGGAUGGAUCCCGUGGACGAUAGGACCGAGGAAGGUAUCGUGCAGUAUAUCGGUUUUGCCCUGGGGUGCAUCUCUAAGAGGAUGCAGGAAUUUCUGUGUGGUGGUGCUGGCGGCGACAGCGGCGGCGGUUGUGGUAACGAUGCUGCUUGAGAUUCCGCCUGUAGCGGCGGCGGAGAUGGUGACGAUGGCCAAUGGUGGUAGUUAAUCUCCUGCUGAAGACAGUUUACCCGCACUCGCUCUUCAUCUCUGUAUCUUAUUAUCGUCUUGCAUGAUCAUCAACUUGUAUUCAAUAAGCAUGGCUCAUUUACCAAGAAUGCAAUGUCCUUCCAUCA